AUGAGCGACCCCAUAGCACCACCCCCGAGCCCGCCCCCCUCAGCACUCGAUCACGAACAUGACUCGCUCGGCGAUAGCACCGCCGUGACGCCGGAGGCCCCAAAGGCAGAGGCAGGCGCGCCUCCAUUCGACCUCAAGGCCCUCACGGAUCGCACCUUACACUUCUUGGCGACGGCUAGCAAUGAGACACUCGGCGCCUGUCUCGCAGGCCUCGGCGCAGGCACAUAUCUCAUUCUCGGCCGCGUCGGGUUGGUGCUCAUAGGCGUGGUAGGCGGCGUGGUUCUCCACGCGACGUGGGAGGGGCACCAUGGCGACAGCAAGGAGACACAGGGAAAGAGCGCCGACGCGCGGAAGCGAGAGCUGGCUGUCGACAUCGCCCAGCGCGUGCUCGACUGGCGGAACGACAAGACACCAGACAAGGGCAAGUCCGGAGACGACGGCUACGACUUCAAUGUGCAGCUGUACUCCGGCAAGACGCUCGACUACUCAGACUUCAAGCCCGAGACUGCCGCUGCGCUGACGGAGUUGACGGAUGCAGUCAUUCGUGACUAUGUCAAGUGGUGGUACUCACCCCUACUGCCUUCCGAAGACACUUUCCCGAACUCGUGCCGCCAGACUCUGACCGCCUUCGUGCUUUCCAUAUCUGCACACCUCUCCCGAAAGCGACCAGCCGACAACUUCCUUGACUUUGUGACGCGCUCAUCCUCCUUCAUGAUUAUACUGCUGCAGGAGAUCGCUGCCGCAAUCCAAGCGUCCCCCGGUGAUGUGCCGACCGAAGCGGUCGAUAUAUAUCUCAAGAUGAAGCGGGAUAGCACCCUCGCGAACAUCCUCGACCCAGAUUACCAGACGAAGCAGUUCAGUGUGGCUGCUGAGGAUAUCCUACAGAACUAUCUGGAACCAAAGACCUCGCGGUUAUUCCUGCAUCAAAUCCUCGCGAAGCUUAUACUCGAGAUGAUCGUCGUGAGCUGCUCCAAGCCAGAGUGGAUCAACGGGUGGAUUGUAUAUCUUCUGGAAGAGGGCGAGCCCGAGCUUCUUAAUGCUAUUGACGCAGGCGUCGAGGGCUCGUCUGAACAAUUACAAGGUGUCAAGGAGAACGCGGAGAGCGAGUUAGGUGGUGCAGGAACGGCAACCCCCGCUGAAAAGAGGGAGCACAAGCGUGUUAUGAGCAAGGCGCAAGAAGCUAUGGACGAUGCGAUGCGAGAAGCGCAGCUCCUGAGCCAGAUGAUUGCCGAGGAAGACGCAAAGCGACUGAAGGAGCAACAAAAACAAAGUGCGUCUACAUCGACCCUGAACGACGACCAGUCCGAGAGCACCACCCAGGGCAUAGUUACUCCCUCGUCUUCCGAGGGCGAAGCGCACGGCGACGUUGAGCACUCAGACUUAGCCAUUUCAGGGCUCUCCGGCCGGUCCUUCUCAGAGACAACACCAGCCUCACCGCCAAGGAGUUCUGAGGACCCACCAGCUCAGGAGGUCAAGAAGGCUUUCACGAGCUUCGAUCAGCUUGUAAUGCCCCAGCCGCCUACUGCGCUUAUGGACAACCCACCCGCGGAAAGACCACCACCAUUGACCUUGCACAACAGCACAAUGUCCAUCUUUGAUGACAGCAUGCCUGGAGAGAAGGGUACGAUCAAGGCCAAGCCCACAGCAGAGUAUUUGAUUCAGAUCGAGCCAAAGUCAAAUCAUCACACCGGGUGGAUGACAGCACGCAAGUAUGCCGAGUUUGAGACAUUGCACGAAGUCAUACGUCGGAUAGCAGCUAUCACCGGAACUUCCGGCUUCAACGAAGCGCACGCUACACUCCCGCCGUGGAAAGGUCACACCAAGGCGUCUUUGCGUGGAGAACUGGAGCGCUAUCUCAACGAUGCUGUCAAGUACCAACCCCUUGCCGAAAGUGAAGGGAUGAAGCGCUUCUUAGAUAAGGAACUGGGAUCAGGAAAGACCCCUGGUGGUGGCUUUCCAGGGAUUGGGUGGGCCGGCCAGACCUUCGACUCAGUUGGCAAAGGGAUGAUGGGCGUACUUUCAAAGGCGCCUAAAGAGGUUGCUGGUGGCGGCAAGGCUCUGUUCGGCGGUGUGACAGGGGUGCUAGGCAGUGUAGCAUCACCACUAGGAGGAAAGAAGAAUCGCGAAUCAAUCAGCAACGCCGCCACCCCGAACGCAUCCGGAAGUCCUCUAAGCCGUACAUCGUCCAACACGGCGCCGAUUCAAACACGACAAAGUAGAGCCGAGUCGACCGUUUCCGAACUACCCACGCAUAUCCGAUCGCCCAGUACGUUAUCUCUAGUGACAAAGCGUACAUCGAUGGACUCUGUGCGCGACCCUCACUCACCCGUCAUCGACCAACAACCAGGACGGGAGGCCCCCAUGGAACGUCGGCCAUCGUACAAUCCUGACGGUGACGGUAAGCGUUCGGGGAGGUCUUCCAGGUAUGGCUCACGAAGCAACAGUCGUGCGCCAAGCAUGCGCGAGAAGAUCGAGGAUCUCAGCCCCAUGAUGGGAGGUGAUCAGCUAAUCAACUUACCGCCAAUGCCUAGCGAGAUCUCCGACGACUACAGCACCAUGCGCAAUCAACCAGAACCAACACCACCUCAGAAACCCUCGCGGCCAUCAACAGACUCCGUGCCCUCACUACCCCGUCGACCCUCAGCCACAUCACUAACCUCGUCCCCUGCCAAAUCUUUGAAGCCACGCACAUCACCCACCCACACGCCACUAUCCGAGCCCGAAACCACCGUCCUCAUUGAGCUCUUCUUCGCCGUCAUCAACGAACUCUACACCCUCUCCUCCGCGUGGACACUCCGGCGCACACUCCUCAACGCCGCGAAGUCCUUCCUCUUACGCCCAGGAAACCCACAACUCUCCUCCAUCACAUCACUCCUUCAGACCACCGUGCUUGACGGGAACGCGUCCGACGCCGGCCUAGCCUAUCACAUCAGAAAGAUCCGGGAGAACGGUCUGCCAACCGAAGAAGAACUCAAAGGAUGGCCAAAGGAGAUGGGCGACGAAGAGAAAGAGAAGUUGAGGGUCAAAGCGAGGAAGCUGCUUGUGGAGAAUGGUAUGCCGCAAGCGCUUACGAGUGUUAUGGGCCAGGCUGCCAGUGGAGAGGCGUUGGGUAAGGUGUUUGAUUGCUUGCAGGAACCUAGGGUUGCGAGGGGUGUUAUGUUUGGGUUGACAUUGCAAGGGCUAAGGGCUAUCACGCAGUAA